GCCGUCUUCAGUGUGGGACCUGUCACUAAACUUACUUGUUAUCAUUAUUAUGUGGUAGACUAGAGCCAUUUGUUAAUCUUACGCUUUGAAUUCUGUUUAUUGACGUAAUUACAGAGUUCUGCUCUUUUAGAUACAUUUGCUUUGCCCAAUAGAUAUUACUAAAGUGUGAAGAUUUUUUUGUAGUUGACCAAAAGUACUUAGAAAGUGUUUCAUAUUAGUGGCAAUGCGUUAAAUAGAUCAAAGAUCUCUAACGUCAUUUCUUAUGUGAAACUUCGCGAGGCACAGAAGCGCGGUGGCCUUUCCCCGUACCCUAUUAAAGUUUUUUUUAAUAGCGCAGUAGGUAAGGGCGCUUUAACUUGUUUGUACCUGAGGAUUUAAAACUACACAACAACGUGAAGCGAUCGCAUUCAGGCGCUUAAAUGCAGCUAUUUAUACGACAUAUUCCAUCCGCAUGUACGCUUUCAUUAUUGAUUAACUUUUGUAAACGUUUUAGCUUCACAGACUGCAAGUCAUGGAUAACAACUGUGCCCAAGUGCUGGAUAUAACCCGCCUUUCGUGUAAAAAUAAGCAGUUGCUCGAUCGUCCAAUUGGAGCGGGAGGUGUUUUCUUCGGCUCAAGUUUACACGCUGCUUUUGAUGGCCGCCUAAAGGAAGAAUGAUUUAAUCGAUGCACUGAAAGAAUUUGCAAUCAAAAAUGAUGUCUUUCAUUGUGACAGCGAAACGCUGCGCUUUAUCAGCUGGAACUAUUAGAAGUGUUCUUCGUCCCUUCCUAUGCAAUUUCUAUUACACUCACAAAGGAGUCUAUGGGUACAAACCAUGGGCAACGAGGAACAGCGAGCCUGGCGUAACUGGAAGUCUUUUGGAGAAUGUCCCCAGAAAGGAAGAUCCUCAACUGGAGCUGCUCUUAGCAUCUUAUCGAGCACAUGGACACAAAGCUGCAAAGAUAAACCCCUUAUUCGGCGGCCAAGCUGUGAUGGACAUGGUGCCAGAGAUCCACCUCCUAAAGCAAACAUUGCAUGGACCUUUUAAUACAAGCGGUCUACCACAUUUUGGAAAAAAUGAAGCUUCUUUGGAGGAAGUAUUAGGGUACUUGGAUCAUGUGUACUGUGGUCAUAUCUCCAUUGAGACAAGCCAGCUGCAGACAGUUGAGGAAAGGGAGUGGUUCUUUCAGCGGUUUGAAGAACUGAAGAAGGAAAAAUUCUCCCCAGAGGAGAGAAGACAUCUGGCCAAAUUAAUGCUGGAGUCACAGGGGUUUGACCACUUUUUGGCCACUAAGUUUGCUACUGUGAAACGAUAUGGUGGUGAAGGUGCAGAGAGCAUGAUGGGCUUUUUCUAUGAGCUUUUCCGCCAGUCUGCCUACUGUGGUCUGACAGAUGUGAUCAUGGGUAUGCCCCACAGAGGACGACUUAAUCUUUUGACAGGUCUUCUUCAGUUUCCUCCAGAGCUGAUGUUCCGUAAGAUGAGAGGACUUAGUGAGUUUCCAGAGACCUCUCCUGCAAUUGGAGAUGUGCUGUCCCACCUGACAUCUUCAGUUGAUCUGGAUUUUGGUGUUGGACAACCUCUUCAUGUGACCAUGCUGCCCAACCCUUCUCAUUUAGAAGCAAUUAACCCAGUGACUGCAGGGAAAACCCGAGGAAGACAGCAGUCUAAGCAAGAAGGAGACUAUUCACAUGACAGUUCUGCUCGCCCUGGGGAUAAAGUCCUAUGUCUUCAGGUCCAUGGUGAUGCUUCAUUCUCAGGACAAGGAAUUGUUCCUGAAACGUUCACACUUUCAAAUAUCCCUCAUUUUAGAGUUGGUGGUAGCAUACAUCUCAUUGUGAAUAACCAAUUGGGCUAUACAACGCCAGCAGAGAGAGGACGAUCUUCACUUUACUGCAGUGAUGUUGGUAAGAUGGUUGGAUGUGCUGUGAUCCAUGUAAAUGGAGAUGAUGCAGAAGAGGUCCUUCGGGCCACCCGCUUAGCUUUAGAAUAUCAACGUCAGUUCCGUAAAGAUGUGAUUGUUGACCUACUCUGCUACCGCCAAUGGGGCCACAAUGAAUUGGAUGAACCCUCUUUUACAAACCCCACUAUGUAUAAAAUUAUUAGAUCCCGAAAAAGUAUUCCUGAUUUUUAUGCUGAAAAUCUGGUGUCAGAGGGUCUUAUGACUGAGAAGGAGGUUGCAGAAAUAAAGAGCUCUCAUUUCUCCAAAAUGAAUGAGCAUUUGUCAAAUAUGACUCUUUAUAGCCCCCCUCCCAUGAAUCUUCAGGCCCAUUGGAGUGAGCUAGUGGAACCUCAAGCCAAAAUUACAACUUGGGAUACAGGAAUUUCUAUAGACCUUCUUCGGUUUGUUGGGGCCAAAUCUGUUGCAGUCCCUGAGGAAAUCCAGCUUCACAGUCAUUUGAAAAAGACCCAUGUCCAAGGCAGGAUUCAGAAACUAGAAGAAGGGACUCGAAUAGACUGGUCUACUGCUGAAGCAAUGGCGUUUGGCUCCCUUCUUUGUCAAGGAUUUAAUAUACGCAUCAGUGGACAAGAUGUCGGGCGGGGAACAUUUAGCCAGCGGCAUGCAAUGGUGGUCUGUCAGGAAACCGAUGACACAUACAUCCCUCUGAAUAACUUGGUAACUGACCAAAAGUCCUUCUUGGAGGUGUGCAACAGUCCUUUGUCCGAAGAAGCAGUACUAGGCUUUGAGUAUGGAAUGAGCAUUGAAAGUCCUACCCUUUUGCCAAUAUGGGAGGCUCAAUUUGGAGAUUUUUUUAAUGGAGCCCAGAUUAUUUUUGACACCUUUAUCUCCGGAGGAGAAGCUAAGUGGCUCCUUCAGAGUGGAAUUGUUAUUCUCUUACCCCAUGGUUAUGAUGGCGCUGGACCAGAGCACUCUUCAUGUCACAUAGAGAGGUUUCUGCAGUUGUGUGACAGCCAAGAACAAGGAGUGGAUGGAGACAAUGUGAACAUGUCUGUGGUGCACCCUACCACUCCAGCCCAAUAUUUUCAUCUUCUGCGGCGACAAAUGAUUCGGAAUUUUCGGAAACCGUUAAUUGUUGCCUCCCCAAAAAUGCUACUUCGAUUUCCGGGUGCUGUGUCAUCUUUACAAGAUAUGGCUCCUGGAACACAUUUUAAGCCAGUAAUAGGUGACCCAUCUGUGGAUCCCAAAAAUGUGAACCGAGUGGUUUUUUGCUCUGGAAAACAUUACUAUGCUUUGUUGAAACAGCGAGAAGUGUCAGGGAAUUCUCAGCAUAACACUGCCCUUAUCCGUCUGGAGGAGCUCUGUCCAUUUCCCUUGGACUUUCUACAGCAAGAAAUGGGCAAAUACAAAAGUGCUAAAGAUUUUAUAUGGAGCCAGGAAGAACCUCAGAACAUGGGGCCUUGGACAUUUGUAGCACCUAGGUUUGAAAAACAGUUAGCAUGCAAGUUGAGACUUGUAAGUAGGCCACCCCUUCCAGCACCUGCUGUCGGUAUUGGAACACUUCACCAGCAACAACAAGAAGAUAUCCUCACCAAAACGUUUGCAUAGGCAGACAGUUGAGGAGGAUCAGAAGACUCUUCCUGCAAUUGAAGGCUGAGCUAUAACUCAGUUUAGCUUUCUAAUCCAAGAACUUUUUCAAGGGGAUAGAUUUUAAAGGUUUUAAAAUGCUAUUGCUGUAUUUGAAAUAUGACUUCAUUGUAAACAGGAUGUUUUAAACAUCAAAUUCCAACCUGUCAUAGAUUAAAAUGUCUUCCUGAAGGGAACUGCUUUGACAUAUGAUACCAAUGUGUUUAAGUUUAGCACUUCACUGACUGAAGCUGAAAAGUGAAAUGCAUUUAAUCCAAAGAAUGUAAUUUGAAUAAAUAUGUCUUCUUACUGUCAAUAUGAAUACUGCAAUACUUUGUGCAGGUUGAACUCUGCAUGCAGCAUGCAUUUUUUCCUAAUACAGUAUGUACAUUGAAUUGUGUAAAAUAAGGAUGAGCUGAUGUAUCAAGGAGUUAUUUCUCUACUUCAGUAAUUCAGACGAGUUCUAUCACCUAUCAAACAUACUGUUUAAGUGUUUUAGGCUCCACUAAAGUGAAAACCAUAUUUAGUGGACUGAGAACUAAUCUAUGAAUAUGAAACUUUCAAUGUAUGGGAUAGUAUUGUACAUUUUGUACUCAGAUGAUAUUACUGUUAUCCAAAGUGGAAAUGUUUAAUGAAGUUUAUUUUAACUAAUUAAAUGUUUACAUUGUUCUCUUUAAAUAUUGCAGUGUUUUGUGAACCAAAUUUCACAGGGUGAUCAUCAUUACAUUUACCAAAAUUAAUGUAUUCAUAAGGGGGAAAUUAAAAUAAAAAAGUCAGAUGUCCUGUAGAAGGAAAUUGAAGGAAAUCUGAAUUGGGUGAAGUUUAGUUUAGUCUAAAUUAUCCUAAAUGAUCAUUGAUAGUAUUGUAGAUAUAUUGGCAAUUAUUGUAUCUUAAUGAAUACCAGAAAAUCACAUUUUCAAAAUUGAGAAAUUUUAUGUUUGCCUUACUGUGGGUUAAACAAACAUUGUUCAGAAUUACAUUUGUAAUAUUCUUGUUGAAUUCCUGCACAUGGAAAUUUGUUUCAAAUAAUCCUUUUGUUCUGUUUUGUCCUUCUGUUCAAUACAAUUAUUUUAUUUAGAUGUGUAAUACAAUGAGAAUGAGAACUUGUUUGUAAGAAAAUUGAAAACUACAAAAAGUGAAAGUAUGUGAAUAAAAAAAUAAGAAACACGCAAAAAACACAUCUAGCACAGUAAGAAACAUGAACAAACAUUUGAAUUAAAUACAUUUAAUAAAGAAGAUACAGCUGAGUAAUUUCAA